AUGAUAAAUUUAUCGGUAAGAGAACAAGAACUUAUAGAAUAAAUAUGUUCAAAAAACAAUAAAUAAAACAAAAAUAGUAAGCAAGUACUUUGUUAAUAAAAAUUAAUAAGUUAAUCAAGUACAAAGCUAUUAGCAACUCGUUUGGAGUAAAAAUUAAAUGAAGUAUUUGAAAAUUGUUAAUUUAGAUAAUGUAAGAAAUAGAUGAAAAAAAUGAAGGUUCUGUAAAUAUGUAAUAAAUGGGAAGAAUAUUUACUUUAUUAGAUAUAUUUUAAACUAUAUCAUAUGAUUAAAAUUAUGAAAUGGAAGUUUAGGGACUCAACAGUCAAUCAUAAAGGUUUUUAAAUUAGUUGUUACUUUUAGGUAAUUAGAAAUUGAUUUACAUGAGAAGGCAUUUGCAAUUAUAUCAUAGGGAAAAGAAAGUGCUGAUAUUCAAGCAGCAUUCUGUUUUUUUAGGAUUAUCUAAGACCCAAAUAAUUUGGAAGCAACAAAGUCUGCAUCUCUUAUGAUAGAUUAUUUAGAAAAGAUUUUAGAGAAAGAAGUUGAUAAGGAAUCUAUUUUGAGAUUCUGCUAAGAAUUUUAACAUUAUCAAAAAACAAGACUAUCAGGAGCUAAAACAGGAUAUUUAAAAGCAAAUUUAGCAUAAAAUUUAAUAGAUUCAUAUGAGAAAACACAUACAUUUAAACCAAGUAUCAAUCCAAUAAGUGAAGCAUUGUUAAGAUAAUCUUACAAGAGAGAAAAUUAAGAAUCUUAACAUUCAUAAAGAUCUUCAGAUAGUAAAGUGAGCUAACUCUAUAAGAAGAAAUAAUAAUCAAAUUAAAAAAUAAAUUAGCUAAAAUUAGAAUAAGAAACUUAAGAAAUGAAAGAAUGCACUUUUAAACCAUAAAUAAUAUCAAAAAAGGAAUUACCUAAUGUAGUAGAUAGAUUAUAUAAAGUGAAGACAAGAUAGGAAGUUGAAGAAUAAAUUAAAUAAAAUGAAAUAGAGAAAUUAGAUUAGGAAUUUAGUAAAUGUUCAUUUUAACCUUAAAUAAAUGGUUGUAUGCCUGAUAUGGAAUAAGUUGGUGUAAAUGGAUAUGGUUAAGCAGUUGAGAGAUUGAGAAGAGCGAAUGAUCAAAGAUAUUUAAGAGAAAUUUAAUUAAAUCAUAAACCAAGUGGAGAGAAAUAUGAAAAAGUAAAAAGAAUGGCUUUUAUUCCACCAGAUAUGUUAUAGAGAAGUAAAGUUUAGAAAGAGAUUCCUAUACUUUAUAUAGAUAUAAAAAUAGGACCUAGUAAAGUUGGCAGAUUGGCAUUGAGAAAGAAUGAUAAUGUUGAGGAAGUAGUGAAGUCUUUUUGUAAAGUUUGGGGAGUGGCAUUAUAAGAUUAUGAUUUAUUAGUGAAUUAAGUUAAAGAGAAUUUAAAAAAGUAUUAAUAAUAUAUUAAAUAGUGUUAUAACAGAAUCAGAGAUGGAAGAUUUGUGA